AAUUUAACCUAGUUUUCUUUCUCGUAAACAACGGUGAUCGGUCGCAAUCGCAUAAACCCCAAAACCCAAUAUUCCUGGGGUUUAAACUUUAAACUGUAACGCACAACCCAAAUUCUUCCGUCAUUUUCACUUUCAAUCAUUAACAAAAAACGAAUAAAGCGUUGUUGCCGCACAAAUGCUUGUUUUGUGAAAUGGGUUGAAGACCCAAAUCACUUAACACCAAUUACAGAAUGAAAGAAACCAAAUUCUGUGAAGAAUUUUCGCCCAAAUAUUAUGGGAUUUGCGCCAUUGGAGGAAUGCUUAGUGCUGGAGCAACACAUGUUGCAAUUACACCACUUGAUGUUCUUAAAGUUAACAUGCAGGUGAAUCCGGUUAAGUAUAGUAGCAUUUGCACAAGCUUUACGACUCUACUGAGAGAGGGCGGGGUUUCAGCUUUCAGGAGAGGGUGGACGGGGAAAUUCUUUGGAUACGGUGUUCAAGGAGCUUGCAGAUUCGGUCUUUAUGAGUACAUGAAUAAGAUUUACUCCAACAGUUUAAAAGAACGAAACAAGAGCCUAAUCUUUUUCCUCAGCAGUGCAACUGCUGAAGUGAUUGCUAAUGUGGCUCUUUGUCCUUUUGAGGCCAUCAAAGUUCGUGUUCAAGCUCAACCCCGUUUUGCAAAGGGUCUAGGAGACGGGUUCCCAAAGUUAUAUGCAUCAGAAGGUCUUCGCGGCUUUUACAAAGGGCUCGUUCCACUCUGGGGUCGUAACUUGCCAUUUUCCAUGAUCAUGUUUUCUACUUUCGAGCACUCUGUCGAUUUUCUUUACCGUAACGCAAUUCAAAGAAAAAAGGAAGAUUGUUCGAUCACACAACAACUCGGGGUUACAUGUUUAGCUGGAUACGCAGCUGGAUCUACCGGGAGCAUUAUUUCAAACCCUGCAGACAAUAUUGUCGCAUCUCUUAAUAACAAUAAAACUAACAGUCUGAAGAUGGCCGUGAAGAAAAUCGGGUUGCGGAAUUUAUUUACUCGAAGUCUUCCGAUCAGGAUCAUGCUUGUCGGGCCGGUUGUGACUUUACAGUGGUUGCUCUUUGACACCAUUAAGGUGUUAAGUGGCUUACCAACAAGUGGUCACAUUACAACCGAAGUAGAAGUUACCCGCGCCAAGAUACAACCCGCUUAACCAAACUCUUGUUAGCGGUUCAUGCUUGCAACAAGUUAACCAUGUGUUUUGCUCGGUUUGGUUUCUCGUACAAAUCUGAAAUGUUUCAUUUCGUUAGGAUGUCUCGGCUUUCGAGUAUGAUCAUGGUAUGUUCAUCGUCUUCUUUCCCUUUUCGUGUCUAUAGCUUUUACCUACGGUUUUGUACGGUUUGGUUUGUUUUUACCCUAUAAGCCGAACCAUAGCAGUAGGUUUCGGGUAUUGGAAAUCUAAAAUGACCGACGGUUAUUGUUGGUUUUUGGUUAAUUGUAUAAAAUAGUUCAGUUAACAGACCACUAGGUCUUAUUUUUGUGUUUGGUCUAAUUGGAAGUUUAAUACAGAUUUCAACUU